AUGGAUUACCAUUUACUGACUAUUCCCUUUACUACAGAGUCUGAGGGAGAGUCACACUCAAGUGCAAAUAUAGGUCCAAGUCGAAUGUCACCCAGUGCCACCACUCUGUCCCAAGUUGAGUCGAGCACUGCUUUCCCUCCUGGUGAUACUGGAGCACUGUUGAAAGCAAACCAGAAGUUACGUGACUUGGAUCCGACACGUAAAUACCAAUUGCUUACAUCUGAGCCAAAUCUUGAUCCUUCCUAUUACCCAAAGACUCAUGCAGAGGAUGGGGCAUUCUGCCGAGCCUGUGCAUUUUUUGCUCCAGAGUUACUUGGUGGACAUUCUACAGGUCAGUUCGUGACUGCACCUUUUAGAACAUGGCAAAAACUAUCUGACAGGACGCUAGCUCAUGGCAAGCUUGAUUACCAUCUUGCUUCUCUGGCAAAGAUGAGUGCAUUCUUGGAUUGUUAUAGUAACCCAUCACAAGCUAUUGACACAGUGCUUGUAUCCGAGGCUCGGAAGCGGAUGGAGGCUAACAAGAAAGUGAUUUCGUCUCUGUUAAAAAUAGUUUUGCUGUGUGGAAAACAAGGCAUAGCGUUUCGUGGUCAUCAUGAUGAUUGUUUCAACUGGGAGGAUACUGAGUAUGAACACUCAAACCCAGGGAAUUUCAUUGAGCUUGUAUGCUUUAGGGCUGAAACUGACAAUAUUCUCUCUGAACAUCUCAAGAACUCUCCAAGAAAUGCUAGAUACACAUCCAAAACGAUUCAAAACGAAUUGAUUGAAGUGGUUGGAAAGUACAUCUGCAACGAAAUCAUAGCAGAGGUAAAGAAGAGCAAAUACUACACUGUCAUUGUUGAUGAAGUCACUGAUAUUUCAAACAAAGAGCAGCUCUCAAUUUGCCUUCGCUACGUUUAUUAUGGUACUGUGAAGGAAGUAUUCAUUGCCUUUGUCUCAGUAGAAAGGAUCACAGGAAAGAAUAUUGCUGCAGCAAUUUUAAACUGGAUACAGACAGUUGGAUUGUCACCAAGUGAUAUGCGAGGGCAGUGCUACGAUGGAGCCAGUAACAUGUCUGGAGCAAGAUCAGGAUGUAGUGCUGUUAUUCAACAGCAAGCUCCAAAGGCUGCCUAUUUCCACUGUGCUGCUCAUCGAUUAAAUCUUGCUGUAGUGUCUGCAUGUAAGAUCCAAGGAUUCAUGAAUGUUGAGGCAUACAUCGGAGAAAUUGCAAGGUUCUUUGCAUUCUCUCCCAAAAGGCAACGACUGUUUGAUAAGACAAUGGAUAAAUUCCUUCCAAAAGCCAAGGCCCGAAAGCUCAAAGACGCCUGUAGAACAAGGAGGGUUCAACGUAUUGAUUCGUACACAGUCUUUCUUGAGUUGUUACCAGCACUUCACACAUCUCUGCAAGCUAUGGUUUCUCCAGGACAACACAGACUUUGGUACUGA